AUGGCGCUCUCAAACCAGCAGAACCCCGCGUCAGCGGGUACCAGUAAUCUGAAGCAGAAAGCUCUUGAAAUCAGCAACCUUAUGUCGCCGCCAGACCCCCCGCCCUUUGAGAAUUUCAAUCAGACGACCGACCAAGAUGCGAAGGAGCCAAUGUCCCCUCCCGUCUCCCCCGACACAGGGCGCGACAGGAUUACUCUUGAGACCACGGGGGACAAUGCCGUCAAAGACCCAAUCCUCUACCCUCCAGAGGACUCGGUUUCUAGCCCUCCUCAGCAACCCCUGUUCCCUUCCUCCGAGUCAGCUGAGCAUCGUCGCAUUGUUGACCGCCACAUUGCUUCUCGGAACACGGCAUUGUUUGGCGGGGCUUCGCCUCCUAGGCGCGAACACUACGAGCUCACUCUCCAAUUCAAGUCCCAGAUCAUGCUUCUCUACACGAAAAAUAGGAGAGCAUGGAUGGAGAAAGAGCGGGCACUGCUCAUCAAGGACAGAGAGGCCAUUCGAGAUCGGUGGAGCAACAAGAGGUAUCCAGCCCUGGCCCCAGCCAAAUCUUCAAAGGCGCCCACGAGGAUUCAUCAACCUACCAAGGCCGUGCGAAAUAGCGGCGUCACGAAGCCCGGCCGCAUCGUCAAGCCCCUCUCCGCAAACCGAUCUCCUCUCCCGCCACACAGCUCAGCAAAGCAUGUCGGUUCCCCGCCUGAACCAAGCCGACGCACUGUGGCCCCCAAUCGCGAAGACCGCGACUUCAGAGCGCUUCCCGAUUAUUGCCCGCCCAUCAGCUCGCUUCCCAAUAAGACUAACAGUCUCAAAGUGGACUGGAAGGGGGCUCCCGUGGACCUCAGUAGCGACCCCAAUGCGCACUUGCUUCACCCCGACGAACUGAGCCUAGCGGCCAACUUGCGACUGGACUGCGCGACCUACCUCACCAGCAAGCGUCGGAUUUUCAUCCGUCGCCUGGAGUGCGCCAGGAUAGGGAAGGAGUUCCGGAAGACAGACGCUCAGCAGGCCUGCAAGAUCGACGUCAACAAGGCCUCGAAGCUCUGGACUGCCUUUGAGAAGGUCGGCUGGUUGGACUUGAAGUGGAUGAAGUCUUUUGUUUAA